AUGAAACCGGUUGUGUCGUCUGGAAGCGCGUGGGCUUGCACACUGAUCUCCGCUUUUGGGAUAGUGAUAUUGUCUAUUAUCGGAGCGUUAUUCUACAACAACCAUGAGACCAUGAUGGGCUCGAUCAACGAUCCAGAAGACGGCAAGGCUGUGGCCAAGACGGUGUUUGGAGCAGUCGGUCUAUACGUCCUGUUCUUCCUCUUUUGCGGAUGCCAGCUCUGGGUGAUGAAAAGACAGCAAAGCAUACAGCUAUGA